AUGCCUGCUAUUACAUUACCAUCAACUCAAANAACACCAAAGCUACAACAAUUUACAAAAAGACAAUUUCUUUCCACAAAGAUGACUGCUAUUACAUUACCAUCAACUCAAAAGGCUGUUUUCCAUGAAGAAUUCGGUGACUAUGAUGUUCUUAAAUAUGACAAUGUCCCUACUCCAACCAUUGAAUCCUCUCAUGAUAUUAUUGUCAAAAACGCCUAUGCUGCUGUUAAUUUCAUCGAAGCAUUUUUCAGAAAGGGGAUCUAUCAGGCACCUUUACCUAAUAUAUUUGGAAGAGAAGCCCUGGGGGAAGUUGUUGCCAUUGGAGAUGAUGUUAAGAAUUUAGCUGUCGGUGAUAAGAUUGCAUAUAUUAGUCCUGCUACUUUUGCUCAAUAUACCAAAGUUAAUGAUUCUUUAUUUAGAUAUAUCAAAUUGAAUUCUGAUGUUAGUGAUGAAGAAUUGAAGAUUAAUGGAUCGAUCUAUUUACAAGGGUUAACUGCAUUGACGUUUAUUAAUGAAGCUUAUAAGGUUAAACAAGGGGAUUAUAUUUUAGUAUGGGCUGCUGCUGGAGGUGUUGGGAAAGUAUUAGUGCAAUUAAUUAGUCAAUUAGGUGCUCAUGUCAUUGCUCUUGCUUCAACUCCUGAAAAAUUACAAGCUGCUAAAGAAUUAGGUGCAGAAUAUUUGAUUAAUAGUUCUAGUGAUGAUAUUGUUGCGAAAGUACAAGAAAUUACCAAUGGACAAGGCGUAGAAGCUUCAUUUGAUUCAAUUGGGAAAGAUACUUUUGAAACUUCUUUGAAUUCACUUAAAAGAAAGGGAACUUUUGUAAGUUAUGGUAAUGCUUCUGGUCCAGUUACUCCAUUCCCAUUAGCCGUAUUAUCAGCAAAGAAUAUUAAGAUUGUUAGACCUCAACUGUUAGCAUAUAUUGCUACCCCAGAAGAAUGGAAGUAUUAUUCUCAAGAAUUAUUGAAAUUGGUUGAACAAGGUAAAUUAAAAUUUGAUAUUUCAACUUAUGAAUUGAAAGAUUAUCCUCAAGCUGCUAAGGAUUUAGAAGGUAGAAAGACUACUGGUAAAUUAACCUUAAAGAUUCCUCAAUAG